UACAACGGUUUGGGUUGAGUGUACAACCUCCGUGUAUGGUUAGCAAAAUGUUCAAUAAAAAGCCUCGGAGGAACUUUCGGCAGAGAAAGGAGAACUCCAGCGACGAGGAGGACGAGCAGAAGAACACCGGAGAUGGAGAGGAACCCGAGAAAGGUCCAGCUUUGGUAAAUAAGCCGUCUAAACCGAGCCAGGGCCGCGGCAUAACAUGCAGCUCCAAGCGGGAAGCGACGCCUACCAAGCCGGACAGCAGCGACGGAGAGGACGGGGAGACGUUGGAGGCGACAGAAGACAGAGAGGAGAGGAAUAAAGACAAAGAUGGGGUUAAAAAGAAAAGCAUCUCCAUCCUCAGUUUCUCCGAUGAAAAAGAAGCUGAGGAACCAGCUUUUAAGCUGAAGAAGUCUGCUGAUAAAGCUGUGCUGUUCCAAGUAAGAAAAAAAGAGGUUUCCCCUGCCAAGACCAGCCAAAGACGAGACCUCAAAGAUGGAGGUGUGUCAUCAUCUGCUUCUCCCAGGCGAGAAUAUGGUAGCCAGGCUUCACCUCGUGCUCUGCACCAUGAUAAUGAUGAUGAUAAUGAAGAUGAUGGCGACAGUGAUUAUAAUGAAAGUGAGGAGGGUGAUGCCAGGUGUCCCUCAGUAGCUAGCUCAGCCUCAAGCUCAGCCUCAAGCUCCAGCCGCUCUGCUAUUAAACCAGUAGUUAUUCCAAAUGCUAAAGAGAUCGAGGCAGCCAGGAGGCAGCGUCGCGCCACUCGAGCCCAGAAAGAAUACAUUUCCCUGAGUAGAGAUGGCCACAGCUCCGCUGGCAGCACCCCAGAUCACUAUAGCAGGGAAGAUGAAGAAGACAGAGUUGAUGAUGAUGAUGAUGAGCCAGAUGAUCAUGAGAGAAGAAUUGAGUUCGCUCCGCGACUGAAGAGCAUUAAGGAGAGGAUUGCUGAGAAACUUGGAGGAAGUGAUGGCAGUCACUCAGGAACUGAUGGAGAAGAGCAGGAACUUUGGGAGGAAACACAAAUUGAGAAAGGAGUCAAGAGACGGCCAGGAGAAAUGAGCCCGUCUGGCAGUGAGUCCAGCAGCUAUAGCAGCAGCAGCAGUAGCAGCAGGCGAGGCGGACGACCACAAAAGAAGAGAUCAACAGGGUUCAGAAUCCCAAAGACUCUUCCUCCCAUCAGCGUCUCAAUGAUCAAGAAGAGGAUCACUGUUAAACUAGAUUCCCUGAAGGAGGUGCACAGAGCACGGCAGGCAGAGCUGAGGAGGAUGGAGGGCGAUGUUGAGAGCGCUAAAACCUCCAUGGAGACUCUGGAAGAAAGUUCCUCAGAGAGGCAGCUUAAAUUUUACAGGGUUAUGACCCUUUAUGUCCACAACCUGGUAGAGUGUCUACGAGAGAAGGUUGUUGAGAUUAACUCGCUGGAAGUGGAGUUGCACUCUCUGCUGUCUGACCAUACGGAUGCGCUUAUGGCAAAGAGACGACAGGGAGUCAAGGAGCAGGCUGACCACCUGCAGCAGCUCAGCUACAGCACAGAUGAGCAGAGAGGAAGCUCCACCAGUGGAACCGAAACAAAAGAUGAGGCAGACUCUGGUGUUAAAGUUGAAGAAGACGAAGCUAUACCUGAAGAAACACAGCCCUCAGCAGAGGAGGAGGAGCAGCUGCAGAGGAGUAUAGCUGAUAUCCUGUUAAGGUCCCGGUCAGUGUUUUCUGACGUGCAGGAUGACUUCUGCAACGUUAAGAAGAUUCUGUCCCGGUUUGAAGAAUGGAGAGCGUCUUACUCUGACUCUUACCACAGCGCCUACAUCUCUCUGUGUCUGCCCAAGCUGUUGAACCCCAUCAUAAGACAUCAGCUACUGGCAUGGAACCCACUGAAGGACAACAGUGGGGACUUUGAAAACUUCCCAUGGUUCACAGCAGUGGAGACCUUUUGUCAUGGUCAUGGCCAUGAGGAGCUGGAGCACACAGACAGACAGACACUGUCUAUGGUCAUUGAAAAGACUGUCCUACCCAAAAUAACAGCCUUUGUGGAGCUGGCGUGGGAUCCCAUGUCCCACCAUCAGUCCGUCUGUCUGUCUGAUGUUUGUCACAGACUGAAGGAGGACUGCUCCAUCUUUGAAGGAGAGCAGAGUAAACCGGUCAAGGCAUUCAGAGAGGCUGCGAUCAGCCGACUGAGGAGCUGUGUAGAUGAAGAUGUCUUCAUCCCUCUGUACCCCAAAAAGUUCCUAGAAGACAGAUCGUCUCCUCAGCGUCGCCUCAGGGAUCAGCAGUUCUGGACGGCCGUAAAAUUACUAGGUAACAUGGGAAAAUUGGAUUUGCUGCUUCCUGAGUCUGUAUUGAAGGAACUGAUGUUGGACAAACUCCUGAACCGAUACCUUAUGAUCACUGUGUGCAGUCAGACACUGUACAACACUGCUGUCCAUGCAUGCAGAAAGAUAGCAGAUAGUUUGCCGCUUUCUUGGUUCAAAGGAGAGGAUGCCUGUUUGCCUCAGCUUCAGAAUUUCAGAAACCACCUCGUUCAGAUGGUUCAUACCAUCUGCAAACAGCAGCCUCCUGAAGAUCCGAACACCAGGUCUACUGUUGUUGAAGUGCUGCAGAUUUUGAGUAGAAUCAGGUGCAAUGACUCUAUCAUGGCGAUAGCAGAGAAAUACCACUAUGAAGACAUCAUCUACUCACACCAGCUGCUUAACCAAGAGACUUAAUGAACAUCAAAAGCUGUGGAGUGACUAGUAAGAUAAAACAGCAAACAGCAAAGCUAUUGUCAAUGACGUUGUACAGCAGGAAAGGGAGCGGUCUCUGCCUUGUGGAAAGAGCCAUGAGGGCAGACCUGUAUUUUCAUGGUGGAUGGAUACGGCUAGUCAGACCAGCACUUUGGCCCAUAAUACAGAAUGAAAACAUUGGAUACAUAUUUAAUGGUGCGUGCGAUGUGGCACAUAAAAUAUGAUCGAACAAAUGGUACAAAUGACUUGUUCAACAAAGGAAACUGCCGACAUAAACUGUGUGGGGAAAACAAAACAAUUCACCUUUCUGUCAUUUUUAGUAGUGAAAAAAAUUCUGUCUGUUUUGUACAGGAGACAAUU